AUGAAGACAAUUGCUAUUAUUUUCUUUGCUUUCGUCAUCUGUGCUCAGGCUUAUGGUACUACAGAGAGUGACAAGUACCCUGAAUUCACUAAGCCAAAAUCAGUUAAUGCCUGGCCAUUAGACUUUUGCUCAGUUCAGAGUGCAGUUACAGGAUUCUUCACAGGAACAGAGUCAGACCCUGACUUCCCAAAUUCAAGAUGUGUAACUCGUUUCCCAAAUCUACAAGACCAGUUCUUACUUGUCGUAAAUAGUGUUAAUGCUACACUCCUUAUCCCAACUAAUUUCGUAAGAUGGACUAACAACAUUGUCGGGCUUAUUGUAGCAUAUGCUCAAUGGCAAAAUUAUUGCGUAUUUGCGACUUUAUUUACAAGGUUGGAUAACACAGUUCAAACCCGCGAAGGACUCAUUACAGCACUCUCUAGAGGAGUUUUCCAAAGCGAAGAAAUUACGACUCAAUGGACAAACAUUCAACAAAGCUUUUCUAAAGGCGAAUGUUUCACAAUGUUCAGAGCUGCAGGAAGAAUCUUCUCAAUUAUUUUGGACUUCAACGUUCCAGAGGACAUCGUUUAAGCUUUUGAUUUAAUAACAAGAAUUCUUCCCA